CGUACAUGAUUGCAGCUGGACAAUAGAGCUCUCAAGCGGGGACAUGCAGCUCGCAAGCAUGAAGCCGCCGAACAUGAACGCGGGGGAAUUAAUGGCAUGGCAGAUUCCCUGAAGCGUUGUCCAACUUACCACAAGCCGGUUUGCAAUGCAACACAAGUACAAAGAAGCACUGCACGAUGCACGAUGAGAGUCAGACGAGCACCGUGAUGUUAAACGUCGGAAAGCGGAGUCUAGCGCAUGGUGGUUGGCCGGUCCCUUUCCGUCCCAGCCCCUUCGUCCCUUCCCCACUCCAUCACCUCCGACACGUCACCAUCGCACAGGUCACGCAACCCUCACGCAGCACCGACGACUUGCAAACCACGCCCUUGUGUGCCUCGCUGUUAUGCCCCACUUCGCUCUUGCCGUACUCGGCUUUAUAACUCGACCAAUGUCGAAAACUCCAUCAAAUCUCUUAAAACAGGGACGCGUCUUGCGUUCGAAACUGGCGAAAGCCAUUCCUGUGGCGCAGUGGUAGCGCGCCGUUCUUAUAAGACUCGUCAGAUUCUUAUGACUCAUCUGGGUUAUGCGGAUGCCGUGGGUUCGAUCCCCACCAGGUACGUUCUUCUCAAAAAGGAGAUAGUUCCUGCUUCCUGUACUAACAUGGUAUAGGAAUACAUGAACCAAUGUUUCCACCUUUUUGCUUUUGCUGCGGCGUCGCAACUGUCAGCAAGUGAACAGUGCGAUUUAAUUUUGCCUACAUGGCGCCUGGUAAGUCCUGCUAUGCAGUAAAUGCGACAGACUUUGUGAUAUGUAUAAUGCGUGAG